UCCGCCAUUCAGAAUUCGUCUCGUGGGCAAAAAUGGUGGCCUGCUUGAAACAACCAUAAUGGCAGACAUUCACUGCAAGUAAACUCCAGAAUUCCAAGUCAGUUAAGUUGGUCAUCUACAUAACUUGUAAUGGAAAAAUAAAAAUUUCUUAAAAAAAUGUCCACACGACUUGAUCGUUUGUUGGUCAUCCUAGAUACUGGCUCCACUCCUGUCACUCGAAAAGCUGCUGCAAAGCAACUUGGUGAAGUACAGAAGCUACAUCCUCAUGAAUUACCAAACCUUCUAAAUAGAGUUUUAGUUUACUUGAAGAGUAAAAACUGGGACACAAGAAUUGCUGCAGCACAAGCCGUAGAAGCUGUCGCAUGUAAUGUGCCAAAAUGGAAUCCUGAUGGUGUGAAGGUAAAGGAGGAAGAAAAUCACGAAGAUGAGAAAAAAGUUAACGAUGGAAAACUAAAAUUUGAGCAAUUUGACAUAUUAACAGUUUUGGAACGUGGUGAAAAACUGCUUGGUUCAGCUGGAGAUGAAUUUGAUAUUGAGGAGGAUGCAGCAUUAGAGGGACUAAGUCAUCAAGAUGCAGUUACCCGUCAAAAACGACUGCUACGAAGGAAGCUAGGUUUAGAUAUGGUUGGCGGUUUGGAUAUGGGAAUGGACAAUCUAUUUGAAGAUGAUGAUUUAGUCAACAACAGUAAAAUGGAAACAAAACUCACAACUCAACUUUCUGGUGAGAAUGCUGCUGAUGUUGUUGCAUCACAAAUUGCUGCGAUUUCAUCUGAUGGACAGAUGAGUUCAAGAGAAAAGAAUCGAGCUAAAAGAAAGGCAAAGUCAUAUGCCAAGCAAAGAUCAAAAGAACAAGAAAAUAAAAGUUUUGAUGGGAGCGAAAAUGGUCAACCUGCAGAAAAACGACAACGUAGGACUCAAAGUGUACUUGUUGAGCAGCCCAGCGAAGAUAAAUUUUUAGUUGAUAACGUUGUUAAUAAUUCGUUGGCACUAGAUGAGCUUGACAACUGGCCUUUUGAAGAUUUUUGUGUGGAACUAUGUAAUGAUCUUUUUAAUCCUGCUUGGGAAGUCAGGCAUGGCAGUUCGUCUGCUCUGAGAGAAAUUAUUAAACUGCAUGGAGACAGUGCCGGGAAAAGUAAGGAGACACAAGUACUCAAAAUGAGAGAGGCAAACACAUCUUGGCUUGAGGAUACAGCUUUGAAACUGCUUUGUGUAUUCGCAUUGGACCGGUUUGGUGAUUUUGUUUCAGAUGAGGUGGUUGCACCAGUCCAUGAAACAUGUGCACAAACUCUUGGCACAGUUCUACAUCAUAUGACUAAUGAAAGUGUUUUAAAAGUGUUUAGCAUACUUAUAAAACUUCAAGAGCAAAAUGAAUGGCAAGUUAGGCAUGGAGGACUGCUUGGUUUGAAAUACAUGCUGGCUGUCAGAAAGGAUAUGGCUACUGAACUUCUACCACAUACGUUACCUUGGAUUUUAAAAGGCUUACAAGACGGUGAUGAUGAUGUUCGAGCUGUAGCUGCUGCUGCACUUCUUCCUGUUGCUGAAUUUCUUGGCACAACAUUUCCUAAUGAAGUUGCGGUUAUUUCAACUAUUUUAUGGGAUAUUUUGUUGGAUUUGGAUGAUCUGACAGCAUCCACAAACAGUGUCAUGUGUCUUUUAGCAUCGCUUGUUUCUAUUAACCUUAACAUGCAACACGAAAAUACUGACAGCAACAUGAGCGAACUGGUACCAAGGUUGUGGCCAUUUUUUAAACACAACAUCACUUCCGUGCGAAUGUCUUCCCUAAAAACACUGGACAUUAUUCUGUCAACAUCAAAAAGUACUUCUUGGCUACAUUCUAUUAUCCCUGAACAAAUGAGGCAAAUUUACCAAAGAAUUGUAUUGGAGAACGUUGAUGGCAUUAGAGAAGCAGCGUGUAAGGUUUGGGCCAUGACUGUGCGAUGUUCUCCUCCGCAGCAACUUGAACAAGCCAUAUACCAUCACGCUCCAACAUGGUUUCGUCUAGCAAUUUAUCCAGCUAAUGUCCCUAUAGAUGGUACCCUGUUAACUUAUGACAAUGUUGCUGGCCCUAUGACAGGCACAGAAAAGGGGAAAGCAGAUGAAGCAGGAAGGUCUUAUUACAUAGCCUCCACUGAGAUGGAAGCAGACACUGCUGUAAAAGAUUCAAAUGUGUUAAAGUCGAGAAUAAGUGCAGCAAGAGUGUUUGGCAUUUUAUUAACAACAUUAUCAUCGUAUUCAUCCUCGCAACCUGUUGUGUACAUACUAAAUGCUGUGGAAACAUUGCUUGCCUCUUCUUCUGCUAUUCAACAAAUGGUUGGCGCUAUGGUUGUCAAUGAGUGGGCGAAAGCAAGUGUGAAUGUUACAUGUCCGCAAAAUAUUAUUGUAAAGAUGCAACAGGUUUUAACGAAUCAAAUAAUGUACGAAGAAUUGUUAUCUCUUCAUCAACGUUUGCAGAUGGACACACAGGCUUUGGUUUUACUAUUCAGAGAACAAAACAUUGAUAUAUCUUCCUCCAUUCCACCAGGUUCAUACAAUCUUGAUAGUGCGUCUAUGAUAGCUACAGCAAAGUUUAAUGAAUUCUCUUUAAAACUACGACCAAAGGAUUUGAAAGCUGCAGAAUCCAAACAGCAAUCUUUGUUAGUUACAAUAGGAAAUAUGCAGAGUGAGUUUCAGAAGCUUUAUACAAGAGUUCAGUCAAGUGUGGCAGCAGCAUUGAUUGCAUUGCAACAACUACCUGCCAAACUAAAUCCUGUGAUACGACCUAUAAUGGAUUCAGUGAAAAAAGAAGAAGAUUCUCAAAUGCAAAAACGGACUGCAGUAGCGCUUGCACAGUUGCUAAUGUUGUGUGUAAACAGAUCUCCUUCUCCUAAUGGGAAGAUCAUCAAGAAUCUCUGUUCCUUUGUUUGCAAUGACACCAACCAAACACCACCUGUUCAACUCGAUGGCUUAUUGUCGAACAGUAAUUCACCUGUCCCAACUGAAGAUGGCAUGACAAGUUCAAACAACAAAAGUGAUGCUUCAACAUGUGGUACCUCGCUUGGUAUUUUAACACUUCACCGAAAACAGAAAAACGCCAUUCAAAAUUUACAAUCAAAACGUGGAAGAAUAAGUCGAUGUAAUUCUUCACAAGCAAUUAAAGAUGCUUCAUUGACUUCUUCGCUAUUCAACCAGACAGAAACAGAGGAGAAUGCCAGAAUUUUAAGAAUUCAACGGCACGGAGCAGAAACAGCAUUAUCUUCUUGUGCAGACAUUUUAGGCGAACAUCUACCAACUGCUCUACCAUCCUUAUGGGAAACAAUGUUUAUCAUGCUAAAAGAUAAAGUUAUGGACCACAAAUUAGUGAAACAACAUAUGGUUGACCAGGAAGAAAUCAAACAACUGAUCACAUCAAUGCAAGUACUUGAAACAACAGCACGGUCAUUACAUAAAGCACUAAAGAUAAAGCUAGUUCAACUGCUACCAAACGUUAUAACUUAUCUUCAAUAUCCAUUCACAUGUGUCAGGCAUAUGGCUGCAAGAUGUCUGGGUACAUUGAGCAAGAUAAUCACAACUGAAACGAUGGAAAUUAUUCUCACUAAAGUUGUUAGUAUUCUUGGUCAAAGUGACGACAUCAUAGGAAGACAAGGUGCCAUUGAGGCGUUAGUCAACGUGAUUGAUAAUUUGGGUAUUGAUAUUCUACCAUAUAUCGUUUUGCUCAUUGUGCCAGUCCUUGGAAGGAUGAGCGACCAAGUAGAAGACAUUCGAUUGAUGGCAACUAGUUGUUUUGCUACUCUUGUUCAGCUCAUGCCACUAGAGGCUGGCAUUCCAGAUCCACCCUGCAUGUCAAAAGUACUGAUCGAAAAGAAAGAAUCUGAAAGGCGUUUUUUGGAACAACUACUUGAUGGAACAAAGUUAGAUCAAUUUGCAAUUCCUAUACCAAUUAAAUGCGACUUAAGAAAGUACCAACAGGAUGGAGUCAACUGGCUAGCUUUUUUGAAGAAAUACAAUCUUCACGGUAUACUAUGCGAUGAUAUGGGACUGGGUAAGACACUGCAAUCCAUUUGUAUAAUGGCAGCAGAUUACCAUAACACGUUAAAGAAGUACAAGAUUUCAGGAAAAGAAGAGUUCAGGCCGCUCCCUUCUUUGGUGGUUUGCCCACCCACCUUAACAGGUCACUGGUGUUACGAAGUUGAGAAGUUUUGUCACAAGGAACACUUAAAACCUCUGCACUACACUGGUUCACCUAACGAUCGCCAAAGGCUGCGAGAAUGUUUUUCGAAAUACAAUUUAAUGGUUGCUUCAUAUGACAUCAUCCGCAACGACUCAGACUUCUUCUUAUCAAAGCAUUGGAAUUAUUGCGUUCUUGAUGAAGGCCAUAUCAUCAAAAACAGUAAAACGAAAUUAUCAAAAGUCAUCAGGCAAUUGAAGGCGAACCAUCGGUUGAUACUGUCUGGUACACCGAUACAAAACAAUGUACUUGAACUCUGGUCGCUAUUUGAUUUUCUAAUGCCGGGCUUUCUUGGUUCGGAAAAAGAAUUUAUAGCUCGAUUUGGCAAACCAAUCCUGCAGAGCCGAGAUGCGAAGUCAUCCUCAAAAGAGCAAGAAGCAGGAGCUCUAGCCAUGGAGGCUUUACACAAGCAGACUCUCCCAUUCUUGCUUCGAAGAGUAAAAGAGGAUGUACUACAAGAUCUGCCACCCAAGAUCACUCAGGAUUACUAUUGUGACUUGAGUCCUCUGCAGGUUAAACUAUACGAAGAUUUCUCAAGAUCUCGAGCGAAGAAAGACAUUGAUUCCACCGUGAGCGUCGAUGAAAAACGCGAGACGAAACAACAAACGGGUCAUAUAUUCCAGGCCUUACAAUACCUACGAAAAGUGUGCAACCAUCCGUCACUUGUAUUGACGCCGUCACACCCUGAAUACGACGUCGUCACGCAAAACUUACGACAGUCGAAGACGCCACUUUCUGAUUUGCAACAUUCUGGGAAACUUAUGGCCUUGAAACAGCUUCUGCUGGAUUGUGGGAUUGGUGCUACAGAAUGCACGAGUUCGGAAGAUACUGUCAACUCUGUAGUGUCGCAGCAUCGCGCGCUUAUUUUUUGCCAGUUAAAAUCUAUGCUUAAUAUUGUGGAAAAUGACCUUCUGAAGUCUCACAUGCCAUCAGUUACGUACUCAAGAUUGGAUGGAAGCGUCCCAGCUGGGUCCCGCCACGAUAUUGUUCAAAGUUUCAACAACGACCCUUCUAUUGAUGUGCUGUUACUCACGACGCACGUAGGAGGUCUGGGUUUGAAUUUAACUGGUGCUGACACUGUCAUCUUUGUAGAGCAUGACUGGAACCCAAUGAAAGAUUUGCAGGCUAUGGAUCGUGCGCAUCGUAUCGGGCAAAAGAAAGUCGUAAACGUAUAUCGAUUAAUCGCCAGAGGAACGUUGGAAGAAAAAAUAAUGGGGUUGCAAAAAUUCAAGUUGAACAUCGCCAACACAGUGAUCACUCAAGACAACUCCAGCCUGCAUUCCAUGGAUACUUCCCAGCUUCUAGACUUGUUCACUGUCGACAGUGGGCGUGACAACGAAAAGAAGAAGGCUGGGACUAGUAAGAAUACUUCUAUGAAAGCAAUCAUGGAGGACAUGGAAGAAUUGUGGGAUGACAAACAGUAUGACGAUGAAUAUAAUCUCGACAAUUUUAUGGGGUCGCUUAAACAGUGACUGAAUUACUGAAGCUAAAGUACGGUGUGCACCAGUGAUACUUGUUAGCUUAUAUAUGAGUAGUGUGGAUCACACUUUGCGCAUUGGAUAAGCUAUUAUGUAGCGCAUGCGCAUGAAAGGAUAUCUAAAGAUUUUUAAUGGAUAACUAUAUUGUUAAGAUUGCUAACAUUUGUCGGCAACAUAAAAAAGAAAUUUUGUUAACAAGAAUUUUUUUGUAAUUCGAUAAAUAGGAAAUAACAAGAAAACCAUUUGCAAA